UGUUGAUUUUUUAUUGGAAUUUGUGUCGGCUUUUGAUAAACUUCAACGUAGGUGUUUUCUGUUCUGUUCUCAACAAAUAUUAAAGUUGCGAAUAUAAUUACAAAAAUGAGUGCGGAAACAAAGAGUGGGAGCAGUAAUCUUGUUUCGACCGUAAUAUCUUGUAUCUUGAGUUUGAUGAUAUUCGCAACUAUGCGCUUUUACUCCARUUGGAUCAUAGCUACUCAAAUGAAUACAAUUGUUGGGGGCUUCAUUGGUUCGUGGCUUUUCGUCUUUGCCCUAACGGCUGUAUCGAAUAUGGAAAUGCUUGUAUUUGGUAAUGAUUUUCAAGCAAAAUUUAUACCAGAAAUUGUUACUUGCCUAACUUUGGCGACUGUGGCCUCCGGUGUGGUCCAUCGUGUUUGUGCUACUACUUGUGUUUUCUUCUGCAUCUGCGCUUUAUAUUUUGUAAAUCGCAUUUCAAAUAAAUACCACAACAAAGGAUCAAUUGCAACGGAUCAAAUUCCUAUUCGACGGGGUGGAGGCAAGAAAAACAAAUAAGUGUUGGCCAUAAGUCCCAGAAAAAUUGGAAAUAUUAUGUAAUGAUUUAUAAAUUUAUUAAUUUGUGUAUAUGAGCCAUGAUUUUAUCACUCCACUCGAACUAUGCGCAAAUCCAGAUAUUUUUAAUCCGAAGUGAAUUAUCUCAGUUAUCGAUUGCUUCUUAGCUCUGYAUUUAAAUAAAUAUAUUUAAAAAAGAA